ACAAUUAUAAUUGUUUUGGCAACGGUUAGAACGCACUUGUUUUCGAUUUGUUCCCUUCAGAUGUGACCUUCAUUUAAAAUUUUGCCCUACUGAUUUGCAUAAGUGAAAAUUAGGAGUUUAGCAGACGAUUUUUACUAUGGCUAAACCUUUAAAAAUCGUAAAAUGUUCUACUACUCCUUUUGAAGGACAAAAGCCUGGAACAAGUGGUCUCCGUAAAAAAGUUAAAGUAUUCAAGCAAGAAAAUUACACUGAAAAUUUUGUACAAUGUACUCUUUCUGCGAUGGGAAAUAAACUUAAAGGCUCACUUUUAGCAGUUGGAGGAGAUGGAAGAUUUUAUGUGAAAGAUGCUGUACAGAAAAUUAUUAAGAUAUGUGCAGCUAACAAAGUCAAAAAACUAAUUGUUGCCCAGAAUGGUAUUAUGUCUACUCCUGCUGUAUCCUGUGUAAUAAGAAAAAAAGGUUGUGAUGGAGGAAUCAUUUUAACUGCUAGCCAUAAUCCUGGUGGAGAAAAUGAAGAUUUUGGCAUUAAGUUCAAUAUUUCUAACGGAGGUCCAGCUCCAGAUGGUGCUACAAAUAUGAUUUAUGAACUCACUAAGUCUAUUAAAGAGUACUCCAUCUGUCCAGAUUUAGAGUGUGACAUAUCUAAAAUAGGUGUUAAUGAUUACAUUGUUGAAGGUGACCCAUUUUGUGUCGAAGUCGUUGAUUCAGUAGAAGACUAUUUAGAACUCAUGAAAGAAAUAUUUGAUUUUAAUGCAAUAAGACAGCAUAUUUCUGGAGGCUUCAAAAUUCUCAUUAACUGUAUGCAUGGAGUCACUGGUCCCUAUGCUAAAAGAAUUUUCAUCAAUGAAUUGGGAGCCCAAGAAAGUAGUGUUGUGAAUGGAGUUCCUUUAGAAGAUUUUGGUGGUCAUCAUCCUGAUCCUAAUCUCACAUAUGCUGCAGAUCUUGUGAAAGCUAUGGAACAAGGGGACUUUGAUUUAGGAGCUGCUUUUGAUAUUUUUCAGGAUCGUAACAUGAUUUUGGGUAAAAAAGCAUUCUUCGUUUGCCCCUCAGACUCUCUAGCAGUUUUAGCUAAUAAUUUAGAAUGCAUUCCAUAUUUUAAAAAAACUGGUGUGAAAGGCUAUGCAAGGAGCAUGCCUACUGCUGGAGCUGUUGAUAGGGUUGCUGAAGUUACCGGCAAAAAGAGUUAUGAAACACCAACUGGCUGGAAAUAUUUUGGCAAUUUAAUGGAUGCUGGAUUGCUUUCACUUUGUGGGGAAGAAAGUUUUGGCACUGGAUCUGAUCAUAUUAGAGAGAAAGAUGGAAUUUGGGCUGUUUUAGCAUGGCUUUCUGUUAUUGCUAACACAAAUCUGAGCGUUGAAGAUCUUCUGACACAGCAUUGGGUUAAAUUUGGAAGAAAUUUUUUCACUAGAUAUGACUAUGAAAAUUGUGAAUCUGACCCUUGUAACAAAAUGAUGGCUGAACUUGAAGCAGCUAUUGGUAAUAAGUCAUUGGUUAAUAAAUCAUUCUCAUCGGGUGAUAAAUCAUAUGUAGUUUCAAACAUGGAUAACUUUGAAUAUGUUGAUCCAGUGGAUCAAAGCAUAGCAACAAAACAAUCAUUGGUUAAUAAGUCAUUCUCAUCUGGUGAUAAAUCAUAUGUAGUUUCAAACAUGGAUAACUUUGAAUAUGUUGAUCCAGUGGAUCAAAGCAUAGCAACAAAACAAGGUAUACGUAUUCUGUUUGAAGAUGGUUCUAGAAUUGUACUUAGAUUGAGUGGAACUGGAAGUAGCGGAGCAACUGUUCGUCUGUAUAUCGAUAGUUAUGAAAAUAAUCCAGAUAAAGUAAAACAACCUGCUCAGGAAAUCUUAAAACCUUUAAUUGACAUUGCCCUUAAUAUAACCAAAAUGAAGGACUACACAGGAAGAGACAAGCCUACUGUAAUCACAUAAAUGUGUUACUCUGACAAGAUCUGUACUUUUUUACCGGUGAAGUUUCAAAUUCUUGAUGGAAUGUCUAGUCUUUUGAGUGAAUGAAUGAAAUGCCAAACUCAGUGUAGGGUUGUUAACAUGACUUUUUCCAUAAAAUUCUAUGCCAAUUUCCGUUUUCAAUUGAAGAAUUCCAAUAUGGAGCCAUAUGUGUUUUAUUGUUGAUUGUAAAAUGCUUUAUAAAUACUUAAUAAACAGUUUUAUAUUUUA